AUGUCCAAGCAAUUCUCCGCCAACGACGUCAAAGAGCACGCCACCGUGGACAAGGGGCUGUACAUCAUCAUCGACAGCGCCGUGUACGAGAUGGGCGGCUUCGUCGACGAGCACCCGGGCGGCGCGAAGAUUCUCAAGCGCGUGGGCGGCAAGGAUGCGAGUAAGCAGUUUUGGAAGUACCAUAACGAGAGUGUGUUGAAGAAGUACGGCGAUCGGCUGAAGGUUGGUACGCUGAAGGAGGGGGCGAAGUUAUAA